CGUUCUGUUGUUGCUAGUUCCUAAUCUCUCUCUUAUUUUUCAUUCUCAUUGUGCUUCUUUUAUUUCCCGAACUUGUGCGGGUUACUGAAGAGUUGUAAAGUAUAUACUCCAGAAUGGAUUUGAGAAUUGGCGACAAAUACCGUAUUGGCCGCAAAAUCGGUUCGGGAUCUUUUGGCGAAAUUUACCUUGGCACCAAUGUCAUGACCGGAGAAGAGGUAGCUAUUAAACUGGAAUCCGUCAAAGCUAAGCAUAGACAACUGGAGUAUGAAGCCAAGGUAUAUAAAUCAUUAGCUGGGGGCUAUGGUAUACCAAUGAUUCGUUGGUAUGGUCAAGAAUGCGAUUACAACGCUCUUGUUAUGGACCUUCUUGGACCAUCGCUUGAAGAUCUCUUUAAUUUCUGUAACCGUAAAUUCUCCCUGAAAACAGUCAUUAUGCUUGCGGAUCAAAUGAUUCAAAGAGUGGAAUUUGUUCAUUCCAAUAACUUUAUACAUCGUGAUAUCAAACCAGACAAUUUUCUGAUGAACGUGGGUAAAAAGGGCUAUCAGGUCAACAUGAUUGAUUUUGGUUUGGCCAAGAAAUACCGCGACCCAAAGACAAGUCUUCAUAUACCCUAUCGAGAUAACAAAAAUUUAACCGGAACAGCUCGAUAUGCAAGCAUCAAUACCCAUGCCGGUUGUGAACAAUCUCGACGCGACGAUUUAAUUUCACUUGGAUAUGUUCUUUUAUAUCUUUAUCGAGGGUCCUUACCGUGGCAGGGAUUGAAAGCAACUACCAAAUCGCAAAAAUAUGAUCGAAUUAUGGAAAAGAAAAUGAGCACAUCUGUACAGUCAUUGUGCUAUGGAUUACCUUCAGAGUUCGCAGCAUACAUGACGUACUCCAUGUCACUUCGCUUCGAGGACAAACCUGACUAUAGAUAUUUGCGAAAGCUGUUCAGAGACCUAUUUGUUCGCGAACGCUAUGUAUGGGAUUAUAUUUUUGAUUGGACACUUGUGAAGAUGGACAAAACGGCUAGAACAGAUCCAGUCGUGAAACAGCCCACAGCAGCAACAACAGUGGAACAAAAUAGAUAUGGACAACAAUAUGUGCGAAUAGGCAAUAAUGCAGUAUUUACUGUCGUUAGACAGCCUCCACCUACAGCGUCAAGCAAUACCCAUGCAGACCUCGCAUCAGCUGCAGCACUUAGGAAUUUAGCGAAUCGAGCAGCAGCUACCAAGAGACGUAGCGCACCUACUCAAGCUGUAAGCGCGUAUCAAAGAAAGUAGUUCACGCACAAGUGAAACCGAUUUAAUUUGCUUUAUCAACUUCACGUUAUGUUCCGUUCCUUCUUUCACUAUAUUUUCCAAGCUGAUUACAUUAUCACCCCUUCUCUCGCAUCUCACUGCUUUCGUUAUGUUAUGUUCAAUUCUUUUUCGUUCUUUCUGCAUGCAACUUACACUUCACUAGUCGGCA